GUGGGGAUCUCAGUGAGUCCGGCUGCCGGCAGCAGAGGCAGGAGGGUCCCGGUGAGGAGGCGCAGUCUGUAUCCCUGUUAUCCGGCUGUCUGUAUCCCUAUCCCGGGCACCGCAGGGCUCAGUUGUUUCCAGUGCAGGGUCACGGUUGAUCGAUCAGAAUGUUAUCCAGGCUGAGGGUUCUUGCAAGGCCAUGCAUGGUGGGAUGUCGGGCCGUUCACACCAAAGACAAGGGCAAAGCACUUUUGUUAAACCCAAGGACAAAUAAGGGAAUGGCAUUUACCCUGCAAGAAAGGCAAAUCCUCGGCCUCCAAGGCCUCCUGCCCCCCAAAGUAGAAAGUCAAGACAUCCAGGCUGCCCGAUUUCACCGGAACCUGAGCAAAAUGGAAGACCCCUUGCAAAAGUACAUCUACAUCAUGGGUAUUCAGGAGAGGAAUGAAAAGCUGUUCUACAGAAUACUGCUGGAUGAUAUUGAGCACCUUAUGCCCAUUGUCUACACACCAACAGUAGGCCUGGCCUGCUCCCAGUAUGGCCAUAUAUUCAGGAGACCAAAGGGUCUGUACAUUUCCAUUCUAGACAGAGGACACAUACGAUCAAUCUUGGAUCAUUGGCCAGAAACAGACGUGAAGGCAGUUGUGGUUACAGAUGGGGAGAGGAUUUUGGGUCUUGGAGACCUUGGUGUUUAUGGAAUGGGUAUCCCAGUUGGCAAGCUGUGCCUGUACACUGCCUGUGCUGGAAUUCGGCCCCAGAAAUGCCUUCCGGUGGUCAUCGAUGUUGGUACUGAUAACCCUACAUUGCUGAAGGAUCCAUUCUAUAUGGGGCUGUACCAGAAGCGGGACCGCACACAGUUGUAUGAUGACCUGAUUGAUGAGUUUAUGGAUGCAGUUACAGACAGGUAUGGCCAGAACACACUAAUCCAGUUUGAAGAUUUUGGAAACCACAAUGCCUUCAGAUUCCUGAGGAAAUACAGAGAAAAAUACUGCACUUUCAAUGAUGACAUACAGGGUACAGCCUCGGUAGCCCUGGCUGGGAUGCUGGCAGCCCAAAAGGCCAUAGGGAAACCCAUUACUGAGCACAAAAUCCUUUUCUUGGGAGCUGGAGAGGCUGCACUUGGCAUUGCCAAUCUGAUCGUCAUGUCAAUGAUGGAGAAUGGAAUAUCUGCUGAAGCCGCUCGGGAAAGGAUCUGGAUGUUUGACAAAUUCGGCCUUCUCAUUCAGGGCCGAGGAGAAGGCAUAGACAGCAACCAGGAGUCAUUCGCACAUUCCGCCCCGGAGCAGGCUGUCGGUAGCUUUCUUGAUGCUGUGAAAGUUCUGCAGCCAACAGCAAUUAUUGGGGUGGCAGGAGCUGGGAAACUGUUUACAGAAGAUGUCAUUAAAGAAAUGGCUUCUAUCAAUGAAAGGCCCAUCAUCUUUGCCCUGAGUAACCCAACCGUAAAGGCAGAAUGCACAGCAGAGGAAGCCUACACUUGGACGGAGGGCCAGUGCCUCUUUGCCAGUGGGAGUCCGUUUGACACAGUCACGCUGAGUGAUGGGCGAUCCUUCAAACCAGGACAGGGAAACAACGCCUACAUAUUCCCAGGAGUAGCUCUGGCUGUUAUUCUGAGUGGAGUUCGGCACAUAAGUGACCGGGUUUUUCUUGAAGCUGCUAAGGCGCUUGCUGAGCAACUGACUGCUGAAGAGCUGGGGCAAGGGAGACUGUAUCCCCCACUGUCUAAUAUCAGAGAGGUGUCUAUCUGCAUCGCUGUUAAGGUUAUGGAGUUUGUGUACAGAAACGGCAUGGCCUUCCAGUACCCAGAGCCUGUGGGCAAGAACGCCUACAUCCGAUCUAAAGUGUGGAGCACAGACUAUGAUUCCUUCCUGCCGGACGUGUACGACUGGCCAGAAUACGCAUCUAAGCCGCACAAAAUGUUCUAAGCUCACCGUCUCGCCAAGCUUCUGUGUCAUGUUGUGUAAAGUGUAAUAUAAUAUAGGGAUGGGAUCUAUUAUCUGGAAUGCAUAGAGAAAGCCGACCCUGGGGGCAUCAGGCACCGACUGAUGGGCA